AAAUUUGAGUAUUAAAAAAAUAAAAAGAAUAAAAAAAACAGACGUCUGGAGAAAGUCGAUGCGAUACCAAGAGCGAAUUAGGAAACGUUGGCUGGGAAUUGGGUGGUAAAGUAAAGAAAGGGUUGAGGCCGAGUUGGUUUCGUGGAAGGAAGAAACCAAGAAAUUAACAGAGAAAAUAAGAAUAAGAAUGGUGUGGUGAAUGGUGAUGGAAAAGAAGAUGAAGGUCCGUUCGGAAAGGGAAAAGACGAAAGUUGUGAUUAGGCAUUUGCCCCCUUCUCUCUCUCAAUCCGAUCUCUCCCAACACAUCGAUUCUCACUUCGCUUCUCGCUACAAUUGGUUCUCUUUCCGUCCCGGCAACAACAGUCACACUCGUCAGAGGCAUUCCCGUGCCUAUAUAGACUUCAAGUGUCCCGAUGACGUUUUCGAGUUCGCCGAGUUCUUUGAUGGACACGUUUUUGUUAACGAGCGAGGUGCCCAGCAUAAAGUUAUAGUUGAGUACGCUCCUUCUCAGCGUGUUCCAAAGCCUAGUGCCAAAAAGGAUGGACGUGAAGGGACUAUAUACAAAGAUCCAGACUAUCUUGAGUUCCUCAAACUAAUUGCAAAGCCUCAAGAGCAUCUUCCUAGUGCAGAGGUACAAUUGGAAAGAAAAGAAGCUGAGCAAGCUGGGGCUAACAAGGAAACACGAAUUGUCACACCCCUGAUGGAAUUUGUUCGUCAGAGACGUGCUGUUGACAGUGGUAUGCAGGCUUCAUCAGCGGUGGCAAAAGUUAGCAGAAGAUCCAGAGCUGCUUUGCCUGGCAAGCCUGGCUCAGGCAAUACUAAACGAGGAUCUGAAAAGAAAAAGUAUGUUCAGAAGGACAAUGCCAAGGGUGUUGCUCGCAAAGAGUCAAAAGACAAGUCAGCCUUUGUUGUGGUCCCCCGGCGAGACAAUCAAUCAGCUGAAUCAAGUAUAAAAGGAAUUUCUGAAAUUGAAACUUUGCAUGGUAUUGAAGGUCCCUUUUCUGGAAUUUCACUGACUUCUGACUCAGGAAAGAAAAAAAUCCUUCUUCUUAAAGGGAAACAGCGGGAAAUUCCCAGUGUAGGUUUUGUUUUACCAAUUAAGGCUAUUGAGGGCACAGUAAAACAGCAAAACAUACAAUCUGGAAAUUCUCCUAUUUCUGCUCCUGCAAAACAGAACCAGAGACGUGAAGCUAGUGGAAGAUUGAUUAGGAGCAUACUUCUAAAUAAUGAAUCUCGUCAGAGUCUGUCUACAACUGGUGCCCAACAUAAAAUUCAAAUUUUAAGUUCUGAAAAUGGGAAGCGACCCCCUCGUACUUUUGGCUCAAGGUCUGGGUUAAAUGAUCAAGUCUCGAAUAAUGAUGCUGCACAAGUUAAUUCUGAAGGGGAUUCCAAAAUGGCAUUGGACAAAAAGUUCGUAAAAAGGGAUCUGCAUGGUUUGGGUAGCGGUGAGAAAACAGAAAAACGUACUAGAAACAAGGAUAGACCUGAUCGUGGUGUUUGGACACCCCUUCGCCGUUCUGAUGUUUCAAAUGCUGGUAAUGACCAUUCAUCAUCCUCAUUGGCACAGCCUACUCAGUCAAAUCCUGAAUCUGCUGAAGGAGAAGUAAAAGAAAAUGUUCCUUCUGGAAACAGGGGAGGCGAAUUCUCUGCUUCUGCAGGUGGACGUGGGAAUCCUUCCAUUGAGAAUGAUUCUCAGAGAAAUUUUACUCGCCGUGGCGCUUCCUAUAUAGUGAAGGAUGAUGGUGCAGUCAGUAUAAGUGAAGGGAAACCUUCCAAGAAAAGUGUUGGGCAUAGCGCUCACGAGAAGCAAGUCUGGGUUCAGAAAUCUUCUUCAGGGUCAUAAAAUAUCUCUGAUUACGGACACUCAGUCAGGGCAUCAUUCCUGCUAUGUUGAGCUAUGGUCUCCAUUUAGGACAUCAUUCACAAGUAAUUCAGGUCAACCUGAAUCUAAGUGACUUGAACGUAAAAUGAUCCAGUUGUUUGCCUGACGGAGCCUGCACAAUAAAGGGAAUGCAAAGUUACAGACCCCAAUGACAUGAUUAUUACUGAAAACAGAUUGGCAUUGUUAACCAUGUUGGCAGGUUUAAACCCAUUAUGGUUCAUGUCUCCAUAAAUUGAAUAUUUCAGUGUAAGGAAAUGUUUGUGUUUUGGGAUGUUACUGUAAAGUUCUUGGUAUAUAACAUGGGAUAGUUUGUUGGAAAGAGUGAAAAGUCUUGUCUUGUUCAGUGGACAAGUAGUUAUAUAGUGUUUUGUAUUGAAGGCUUAUACAGUUAUACUUUAGUGCACAUGGUGCACGUGUUAUUCUAAGGGUAUUAGAACGUCUUUGGUCCUCAAGAAUCACCCCUAUUCCAUACUCUUUCCAUGAAUGUGGAUAUUUUUUUUUAUUAGAUAAAGGAGGAACAGAAAAUUUGCCA